AGCCGAUCUCCGCCGCAUUUACAACCAAAGCCGGAUGUUCAAAGUGAAACCGAGGAAAGUCGCGCUGUGUUAUCUCGUAAAGCCCCCGGCAUCGUCGAUUUUGCAUACCCGUUGAUCAAAACAGAGCGAGAGAGAGAGCUAUAAAUUGAACAAUGAUCAAUACGCGACUUCUGCUGAUCGUCGUGAUCUUUGCGAUCAUUGGGAAAGUUGCACGCGCCCAAAUCGCCUUCGUCGAGGAUCAAGACAUUGAUAAGAAGAAGGCCAAUCUAGCGGGUCGCAAGCCACUCUAUUCCCCGGCCCGAUGCCCCAAGCAUCAGCUUCUUUAUCCGGGGGACCAGCAGAAGCAAAACGACUGGGUCUGCGACUGCGCACCAGCCACUCUUUAUUACCCAGAGACCGAUGGCUGCUAUCCGGCCUACAGGCAGGGUCCCUGUGAGCCUGGCCAGAUGCUGGUGCUCUACAAGGAGCGGAUUAUUCCGGAGUGCAUACGUAAUCCAUGUGCCAAGGACGGACACUUCAUGAUUCGCGAAACGUGCUACGAGUUCGGCAACACAAAGAACGAGGAGAAUCCCUGCCCUUACAAGGAGGCAACCUAUGUGCUCGGCGUGAAUCCCACCAAUCUGAUGAUCGACUGUGUAAAGCUUUCGGUGCAACUGGAGACCCGCAUAUCCGACACGCCGGAGCAGGCUCCGCCGGAAUACUACAUCGAGCUGGCCGAAAAGUGCGCCCGCGGCAGUCGUCUUUUGGCCCAAGGAAAGUGUUCCUAGAGGAUUUCAACACGAGAUAUAAAUUGUUUUACAAUUAGGUGCCUAAUAUGUGUUUUCCGUUUGGUGCUGUACAUCCUAGUGAAGGGUUUCGAAUUUGUUCAAUGUUUAAAACAGGUACACUAUGAUUUUCGGAUUACAUUCCAAUAAAGACCAGUUCUCAAAA